GAAAGAUUAACUGUGUUUAAUCCAAACAAAUACUCCUCUGCAUUACUCCCACAAAUUACAUAAAGUAAUAGAGGCGUAAUGCAGAGGAAUAUCAACAGCCCCAACUUCACGCAACAGAAGGAGAAACAAAAAGAGACGAUUUUUCCCGCGCCUUUUACGAAAAAGGCUUAUUAUUAUCCCGCCAACAUACAAGCGAACCACAAGUGAAGUACACAGUGAAUACAGAAAACAACACAAGUGAAACACAAGUGAACACGAAGAAAAACAAAAUUCACAGAAAUUAAGCAAAGUGGACAUUUAUUACAUCAAUUUAAUAAUACAAAUCCAAGCAGAUACAGCGGUGACAAUCCGUAUUCAAGUGGACAAACACUGGAGAAACCACCAAAUUGGCACAUUCGAUCAACAACAACAACACAGGAUUUAAAGCAGCAGCAGGUUACAAUCAUUUAAUAAAUUAACAUAGAUUUACAUAUUUACAUAUAUCUACAAAUAACACACUUAACCAUCAUUGGUUACACACAUUCACACACCCAUAUAUUUAUAAUUAUAUUAAACUCAAUUAAACUCGAACAUUUAUAACGUUAAAACUAAAACGAAAUAUCUUUUAAUUGAACGCAAUCGGCCCCAUACGUCAACAUACCCCGACAUUUUUGGUCCUUCGAGCCGGAUAAUUAAAAGAAAAGGUCUUCGUGGGAAUUUUAACAACAAUAUCAUCGUUGGAAUUCCACAACCCAACCUGAAGGUUUUAAAAGAGUGCACCCAACAAACAAAAACUCUAUACGCUGAAGCAAUAAACACCCAUCAAGUAAUAAAAAAAAAAGAACCGAAAUUAAUAAAGCGGAAAAACUGUAAGUGCGGCCCAUAUUUUUUCUAUACAAUAAUAUAAAGUGCAAAUCAUAUUUGUUAAAAAAUAAUACCCAAUUUCCAAAUUGUGUCCUUAAGCACACUUAAGCAUAAUUUAUUUGUUUUAUUGGGUUGACAAAAAUUUGAUUUGCACUAUUUAAUUAUAUAUACAUAUAUACUAGGGUGGGUCGAUUCCGGAAUUUUUUCGAUUCGGUAUUUCUAAUAGUGCGGAAAAGUUGCCUUAGUACUUCCUGAUUCCAAUGCAACUUUUUGUUUUGAGAUCGGAUUGCAUCUUCAACCCGAACCUCGGCCUUGAAAUUUCGGAAAUUCGCCUAAAAUCUUGAAAUUGUCUACCUAGCACCUGAAAUACGCAUCUCAUGGCAAAAUGUAUAAAACAAAAGUUAUUUUUCACGUCAUUUGCUACCGAAAUGGUAUAUGUGAUCAUGGCCGUAGGACGAACCGUUCCCAAGAUACGAGCGAAAAGGCGGCGCGCCACAGCGCAAGGUGAAAAUCGGCUUGCGGCCACACUUCUUGACGUUGAUUUCGCCGAGUGCUAUCACUUACAUUCAUUCACCUACGCCAAAGGACACGUUCGUAUAGGUCUCCACACAAAUAUUUUUUCAUCGAGUUCCUUCACUCUUGUCGGUGAUUUCGCCGAGUUCUAUCACUUAUAUUCUCUCAACAAAACACAGAACUCAAAAUGUCUGUAUCUAAAUUUAAAUUUAGACAGAAAUGUCCUGUGUUUGGCAUAUAUCCGUACAAUCUCUCUGAGUCCCAGUUACCUACUUACCAGGAUGUUCUUUUGUGUUAUCAGUUUGAAAGAUUUGGUAUAGGGCGACUCCGAGGCGACAACUAUGAACCUAGGAGUAAAGAGGUUACAGAAAUAGUUGCAAAAAAGGUUGAAAAUACUUUCAAAAAGUCAUCUAUUCCAAUAGUUUCACACACCAGAGUUGUACAAAUGCUCACCACAUACCAUAAGAAAUUUCUGACUCUUAAAAAAAUGUUUUUAAGGAACCCAAUAGGUUUGAGCUCUAAAAGAGACGACUUUGUCUCUUCUGCCGGAAAAUUAUUUGACAUCGCUGCUUGUAAAUGCAUUUAUUUUUCUUCUUGCACUUGUCCAAAGGAAAGGAAAGUUCCUAUCAAUGAACAACCAUUUCUCUUGGACCAGAGAACCACAAGAAUUGGUCGCAUUGGAAGUGUUGAUCUACCUGAAACAAAAAAGAUUACAAAGAAAAAUGAACGUAAAGAAAAGCUUUCAAAACGUCAUUCAACAUCAACACUUACCAGAAAAAUAUCAGCUAGAACACGUGACCAUUCAGAUCAGCCAGACUCUCAUACAGACGACAACAAUGUAGGCGCGUCGCACAUUGAUUCUUCGAAAAACGAUGGUGAUGAUGAAUUUUCUCUUCCAUCCUCUAAAACCAAACAAAACACACUAGUAUUACAACACACUGCUUUAGCUGCCCAAAGAUUUGGAGUAAGUGAUAGAGCAGCGGCCUUCAUUGUUUCAUCUGCUUUUCUGGAUGCCAAAAAAGCAGGUUUGAUAACAGAGGAUCAGGCUAGCUUUGUCACUGACAAAUGCAAGAUUAGUCGGGCAAAAAAAAAAGUUGGUGUUAAGCUCCAGAACACCGAAAGUAUUGACUCCGUAUAUGGGCUGUAUUUUGACGGCCGUAAAGACAAUACACUUACACAAGUCAGCGAAGGUGAAAAGUACUACCGCGACACUGUCAAAGAGGAACAUAUUUCUCUUAUAGCGGAACCUGGUUGUCAUUACUUUGGGCACGUCACUUCUCCUUCCGGGUCAGCUGAGGAUGAGACGCAAGCUAUAUGGCAACAUUUACAAGACAAUUCAGUUGAUGUGGAACAUCUAGAAGUUGUCGGUGCUGAUGGCACCAACACGAACACAGGUUGGAAAGGUGGAAUCAUUCGGAAACUAGAAGAAAGAAUAGGUAGGCCAUUACAGUGGGUUGUUUGUCUUCUACAUUUCAACGAACUUCCAUUCCGUGCUCUUUUCGAACACACAGAUGGUGUCUCAAAGAGUCCAAAUACAUUCUCUGGCGACAUAGGUAAACUGCUCCCUUAUUGUGAGAAGUUGCCUGUUAUCAAAUUUGAAAGUUUUCCAUCCUGCCAAUUACCUUCUGAGGUUAUUAAUCCGACCCAACUUAGCACAGACCAAGCUUAUCUCUAUAAAAUAUCAGAAGCUGUUAUUUCCGGUCAAGGUUCCUCAGAUUUAGCGUCGAUGCAUCCAGGUAACAUGUGCAAAUCUCGCUGGCUCACCUGUGCAAAUAGAAUUCUGAGAUUAUACAUUUCUACUGACAAACCAACAAAGGAAAUAAAGAUUUUGGUCAAGUACAUACUUGCAGUUUACUCACCUUUGUGGUUCUCAAUAAGAUUCAACAGUUCAAUCAAAGAUGGCUCGCGUCAUCUCUAUGCUGCAAUUCAAAGGUCGAGAUACUUACCCGCUUAGCUGCGCAAGGUUGUCGAUUCAUCCAUUCAACAGAAUGCUUUCUUUGCUCUUCCAGAAAACAUUCUCCUUAGUAUGAUGACUGACGAACGAAUAGAAGUCAGAAAGUAGGCCCUUGACCGUCUUCUGGCAGCCAGAGAAGCAGAGUCUGACACCAUAAAUGGAAGAGUUAGAUGUAAUAAAGUGCCAAAGCUGAAUUUCAAAGCUAAUACUUAUUACGAUAUGAUUAACUGGAAGACUAUUACCUUGACUGUUCCACCAGUUCUUUGUUCAGUUUCUAACGAAGAACUCAUAAAAGGGCUGUCGGGAGACACUGCAGAGGUAUGGAAAUUUAGUGAAUUCCCCUCUCACACCGUGGCAGUCGAGAGAAUCGUCAAACUGGUGACAGAGGCAUCUUCUAAAGUUAUUGGCCCCCAAUCUCGUACUCUUUUUAUACGCUCUACACAGAAAUCUAGGCAACAAGUGCCAAAGUUUAGUACAAAAUCUGAUUUUAUCAAUAAAUUUGACACAGAUUCAGACUAAAACAAGCCUGACAUAUGGUUGGUUGGUUGGGUUGGGCUUGGGAGGAACCCGAAGAGCAGCUACCUCCACGCGGUGGGUUCUGGGUGACCAAUACUGGUUAGCUGAGAGCUGCAACAAUUUUGACCUUGCGCUGUGGCGCGCCGCCUUUGCGCUCGUAUCUCGGGAACGGUUCGUCCUACGGCCAUGAUCACAUAUACCAUUUCGGUAGCAAAUGACGUGACAAAUAACUUUUGUUUUAUACAUUUUGCCAUGAGAUGCGUAUUUCAGGUGCUAGGUAGACAAUUUCACGAUUUUAGGCGAAUUUCCGAAAUUUCAAGGCCGAGGUUCGGGUUGAAGAUGCAAUCCGAUCUCAAAACAAAAAGUUGCAUUGGAAUCAGGAAGUACUAAGGCAACUUUUCCGCACUAUUAGAAAUACCGAAUCGAAAAAAUUCCGGAAUCGACCCACCCUAAUAUAUACCCAAGAGAAGAAGUGCAAUAAUAAAACAUAUGCAUAUAUUUUGCCGUCGGCUAUUGCAUUCUUCUCGUUGAACUCAAAUCAUAUAUAUAAAUAAAUAUACACCCGCCAUUACAUACCUACAUACGAAUAGCGCACCCAUUCGUUUAUAUUUGUUGGUGACAAAAAUUGUUAGCGAACAGCACGUCAAAAGACAAAUACCCAGUAGGCAAAAGUGCAAAACCCUGCAAAUUUUUUAUUUAUCGAUUUUUUUCUGCGAUUCAUCGGAAAUUUAAUAAUUUCUCAUCAAUAUUAACAAUCGGACACCGUCGAGAUAAAAGCAAGAAAAUUAAUUUGAAAUUUUUAAAAUAAAUAAAGCACUAUACAAAAAGUUUUUAAAAUUUGUUUUCUUACAUUUUCGUAACCCUACGCGACUCAUUUUUUUCAUUUAACCCAAAAAUCAAACAUAUUUUACCCAAAAAUGGAAAUGGAAGAUUUCAAAAUCACAACAACAGAUUUGAUUGAAUUCGUGGAAGACCAUCUUCAGACCCAAAGUGAAGAUGAUUCGGUCUAUACCAUAGAAAUUAAAAGGGUUGAACUAAAUUCGCUCUAUGAAAAAGCAAAGCGCUCAUACGAUGCGAUUAGAAGAAUUUCUCGCGAAAGUCAUGAAACCAUCUCUUGCUUAGCUUCCAUCAACGAAGAUGUAGAUGCGCGUAAAACACAAGUGUCAACCCAACCCAUUAAGGAAAGGACUUCAGAAGCCACAAUGAUGGAUUUCGCCCCUGCAGUUCACCUUCCACCAUGCGACACCGACAUCUUUUACGGAGAUUACACAACUUGGCCCACCUUUCGGGAUAUGUUUACAGCGCUGUAUAUCCAUAACCCAAGGAUUAGUAACGUUGAAAGACUAUUUCACCUUACUCAGAAGACCCGAGGAGAAGCAAGAGAGGUUAUUCAAAACGCACCCUUAACAAAUGAUGGUUUCAUACUUGCCUGGAAAAAAUUAGUCGACCAAUACGAAAAUAAGAGGUUGCAGGUAAACACCCAUUUAAAGACCCUUUUUAACCUACCCCAAGUAACUCAGGAAACAGGUUGUGCUAUAAAAAGCUUACAACGUUCGGUUAAUAACGUUUUAACUAAUUUAAACAACCUCGAUAUUGACACACAAAGUUGGGAUCCGAUAUUAAUAUAUCUUUGUAGUUCAAAACUACCUAAACAAACUCUCGAAACCUUUGAAUAUACCCUAGCAGAUAAUUCAGAUAUACCGACGUGGUCAAAUUUCGACAGUUUUUUAACCCACAAAUACAAAACCCUCGAAUCUGUUGGAAAUUUCAAAGCUUCAGUAGCAAAAUUACCCCCAUUCCACACCGGUACAGUUAAAACAACAGAUGAAAAGAAAUAUAACACUUUUCAUGCAAACGUGGCUGAAGCGCCAAUUGCUAGACCCUCUAACACCCAAAGGAAUAAUAAUUUCAACUUUACUCAAAAUAAUAUAGAUACAGAAAGCUUUAAGCUCUGCAAAAAGCAGCACCCUAUUCGAGAAUGUCCCAAAUUUCUCGCAAUGAAUGUAGAGCCGCGUAUCUCCACAAUCAAAAAAUAUGGUUAUUGCUAUAACUGCUUGGCCAUAUCACACAGCUACAAGAACUGUGUGAGUAAAUUCUCGUGUCGUAAGUGUCACGAAAAACACAAUACUCUGAUACACAGAGAAACCAGCUUUCGACCUGAAUCCACUCCAGAAAUACCAAACGUCACUAGUUCGAACCCUGAAAACGCUUCAAGUACCGCACUACCCACCCAAAGCACAAAUACAACUCGGCAAGCCUACACUACAACUAUACAGUCCACUAAAUCAUCAGCCCAAGACCCACCCAACCCAAGUAGGAAGCAGAUAUUACUCGGUACUGCAAUGGUUCAAAUAGAACAUAAUGGCCAGCGAUACUUCGCAAAAGCUCUUAUUGAUUCAGGACCGGAAACCACAUUUAUAUCUCAAAGACUUCAGAGAAGUUUGGAUAUACCCACCCACUCUGUAUCAGCCCAAGUGACCGGACUAAACAAUGCAGUUUCAGCAACACCAACGAAUAUUUGUGAAAUCACGCUUUGCUCACCCUUAAACACAAAUUAUAAGGUAUCAGCACAGGCAUUUAUACCCGGCAUUUUAGACCCGUGGAUAUACUAAUCGGUAGUGAUAUCUAUCCAAGUAUUUUACUCAAUGGAGUAAAGAGAAACGUACUUGGUUCACUCUUAGCUCAAGAGACAGAAUUCGGAUGGAUAUUGUCCGGACCCAUAACCCAACCCUUCCAAAAUUCCGCCAUAGUCUCUUUUCACAAUAAAGUGAACCCUGAGAAUCUACUCACACUUUUUGGGAGGUGGAGGAAAUCCCAAAGGAAUCCGUAGUUUCCAAAUCGGACCAAAUUUGUGUGGAAAUUUUCCAAAAAACUACCCGUCGUAAUCCAGAUGGGCGCUAUAUACUAACCCUACCCUUUAAAGAACCCGACAAUAUUGAUAUCGGAUACUCUAGACAUAUAGCGUUGGCCCAAUUCCUCAGAAAUGAACGAGCUUUACUUAAAAAACCCGAAGUGAAAGCAGAAUAUGACAAAGCAAUUAUGGAAUAUUUGGAACUCGGACAUAUGAUGAAAGUAGAAUAUAACCCUUCUGGUAAAGCGACCCAAUAUUACUUACCACACCACGCAAAAAUCAAACCUCGUCGUAUGAACCCAACAAUCACCAACUCACCCAAACCUCGUUGUAUGAGCUCAACAAUUACCAUCCGGUCCCGUAGCAUUACACCGAUUUCGGAAGACGAAACAAUGUCACGACGUAUUCGGCGUUUCAAAUCGACCCUUUCCACUAUUCGUGAGGAAAAGGAAUGUGAUGAUCACACAACCCGAAGAACGAUCUCACGUCAGAGAAAAAAUACGUCAUCCCGACAUGUCGCUUGAGGAAUAUGCAAAAAAGACCAUCGUCUAAUGACUUGCGCUACGUACUCAGCAUAUAAUAUGAACAAAAAAUACGAAGCAGUAAUCAAAAACUACUACUGCGUUAAUUGCUUAGCCAGGUCGCACAGAACAGAAGGAUGUACAAGCAAAAAUCGAUGUUCCAUUUGUCACGGGAAACAUCAUUCAUCCCUACACGGACAUCCGAGGCUAUACCCGGCCAACGAUGCAAAUAUUGUUGAGAAACAUCCACUUGCGAUAGAGACCCGACUACCAUCCUUACUGGCUAAGCAGACCCUAGUACCCACACUGAAGAUCCGAUAAAGAUACGAUGGUGAAUGGUACAAAGCUCGAGCCGUUUUGAACCCCACUCUUAAAAUUACGAAUAUAGCGGCCGAACUCGUCAAAAAAUUCAAGCUGCCAAUUACAUACCUCAAUACUUAGCGUAUUUGUAGCAUAAAAAUUAGCUGAAAUAAUGAUACAAAGUAUUGUUUAGAAUGUAACGCAGUUAUCACACACAAUUUACCCAGAAAACCCUAUGAGCGAGACUUAAGUGACGAUGUGCAAAUGCGCUUUGAACACUUAGUCCUCGCUGACCCUCAAUUCCACAGCAACAAAAAGCUAACAUUAGAGAUUGGAGCGGAUAUCUACCCACAAAUUAUUAGAAGUGGACUCUUCAAACCCGACAAUAGUACAGUGGUAACGCAGAAUAUAGCAUUUGGCUGGACCCUUACUGGCACCAUCUAACCCUAAGUAUACUUCUGAUAAUUACUCCCAUUCAUUUCAAAACUUUCAAUAUAUGUUACCCUACUAAUACUAAAAUUAUUUCGCAGAUUCUGCAAGGUGGCCGGGAUGUUUAAUCCAAACAAAUACUCCUCUGCAUUACUCCCACAAAUUACAUAAAGUAAUAGAGGCGUAAUGCAGAGGAAUAUCAACAGCCCCAACUACACGCAACAGAAGGAGAAACAAAAAGAGACGAUUUUUCCCGCGCCUUUUACCAAAAAGGCUUAUUAUUAUCCCGCCAACAUACAAGCGAACCACAAGUGAAGUACACAGUGAAUACAGAAAACAACACAAGCGAAACACAAGUGAACACGAAGAAAAACAAAAUUCACAGAAAUUAAGCAAAGUGGACAUUUAUUACAUCAAUUUAAUAAUACAAAUCCAAGCAGAUACAGCGGUGACAAUCCGUAUUCAAGUGGACAAACACUGGAGAAACCACCAAAUUGGCACAUUCGAUCAACAACAACAACACAGGAUUUAAAGCAGCAGCAGGUUACAAUCAUUUAAUAAAUUAACAUAGAUUUACAUAUUUACAUAUAUCUACAAAUAACACACUUAACCAUCAUUGGUUACACACAUUCACACACCCAUAUAUUUAUAAUUAUAUUAAACUCAAUUAAACUCGAACAUUUAUAACGUUAAAACUAAAACGAAAUAUCUUUUAAUUAAACGCAAUCCUCCCCAUACGUCGACAUACCCCGACAAACUGUAUAAAAUGAUAAUAAUAUCUGAAAGAAAAGAUUAAUAUUAUCUGAAAAAAUAAAAUAUGUAUAUUAAAUACAAAUAGAAUUUACUCUGAAAGCAAAGAUUAAUUAAAUAAAAAUAGUGAUUAAAUCUGAAAAGAAAGAAUAAUUAAAUAAAAAUAAUAAUAUCUGAAAGAAAAUAUAAAUAUUAUUUGAUCCUUUAAAAUAUAAAACAAACAUUUGUUUUCACAUAUUAUAUAUAUGGAUUGUGCAGGCCGCCUUAAACGCAUAAAAUACAUACAUACGUAUAUAUGUACAUAUUUGUUUUUGCGUAUUAUAUUGGACUGCGCAGUUCAAUUUCAAACAACACACACUUUUUUUCACAUACUUACUGAACAGUUGAUAUUUGCUGCUUCCGAUGGUAUUGCUGCUACUGCUAUUUCCAAACCAUUCUGAUUUCCAAUGCUAUAAAAACAAAUGAAAUAAUUAUUUGCAAAUUAUUUAAAAAAAAAACACAUAAAAUUCACUUACUUCUUCUUGUUGUACAAGCACGAAUGACAUGCGUUUUUCAAUCGUUUUUUUAUUACCCUUUUUGGGAUUUUCUUUUCGUACUAUUGACAAUUAUGUUUUCUCCUUCGCACUCAUUCAAAUAAAUCAAGAAAUGAAAGAAACUUUUUUUCAUCGCAUUUAGGUUAACAAAAAAUAACCCAAAAAUUUGCGUUGAUGUUAGUGUACAGAGAAAAAAUGUGUAAUGUAUUGGAAUAUUUGGCUCAAGCGGGUAGCCGUGGUUGGCAGGGCUAAGAUAUGCAUUUAGGCAAUUGAAUACAAAUGUGCAUGUGCACUUGAAAAGAACCCCAUACCAUGUAGCAUAAACAAUGUGCAAUACAUAUGAACAUGUAUAUAAAAACGUGAAAACUCUAAAUAAAAUCGGAAUAAAAUAGUUCUCGUAGAAUGAAACACUUCUCGUAGAAUGAAAUAGUUCUCACAGAACAAGACUUGACAAUCAUUUAUUUUCCCCCACCAGUGGUAAGAAAUAUUUGAGAAAGCUAAUCUUUUGUUCAUUUUUGGUCCUUCGAGCCGGACAAAGAGCUCUGCCAAAUUAAAAAGUGCUGUAUUAAUAAAACAGGCAAUAUACAAAAAAGCCCUGUUCAAAAUACAGGAAAAUUAAAACAAAAAUAAUUGUUAGACGUGUGUUUAUCCCGCAUAUUCUUCUUCUUCUUUACUGGCGUAGACACCGCUUACGCGAUUAUAGCCGAGUCAACAACAACGCGCCAGUCGUUUCUUCUCUUCGCUACGUGGCGCCAAUUGGAUAUUCCAAGCGAAGCCAGGUCCUUCUCCACUUGGUCCUUCCAACGGAGUGGAGGUCUUCUUCUGCCUCUACUUCCCGCUGCGGGUACUGCGUCGAAUACUUUCAGAGCUGGAGUGUUUUCAUCCAACCGGACAACACGACCUAGCCAGCGUAGCCGCUGUCUCUUAAUUCGCUGAACUAUGUCAAUGUCGUCGUAUAUCUCGUACAGCUCAUCGUUCCAUCGAAUGCGCUAUUCGCCGUGGCCAAUGCGCAAAGGAGCAUAAAUCUUUCGCAGAACCUUUCUCUCGAAAACUCGUAACGUCGACUCAUCGGUUGUUCCCUCCUCUGCCUCUGCACCAUAUAGCAGGACGGGAACUAUGAGCGACUUAUAGAGUUUGUCUUUUGUUCGUCGAGAGAGGACUUUACUUUUCAAUUGCCUACUUAGUCCGAAGUAGCACCUGUUGGCAAGAGUAGUCCUGCGUUGGAUUUCCAGGCUGACGUUGUUGGUGGUGUUAAUGCUGGUUCCUAAAUAGACGAAAUUAUCUACAACUUCAAAGUUAUGACUGUCAACAGUGACGUGAGAGCCAAGUCGCGAGUGCGACGACUGUUUGUUUGAUGACAGGAGAUAUUUCGUCUUGCCCUCGUUCACUGCCAGACUCAUUUGUGUUGCUUCCUUGUCCAGUCUGGAGAAAGCAGAACUAACGGUGCGGGUUUUGAGGCCGAUGAUAUCAAUGCAGAUUGAAGAAGUCGCACGAUAGGGAGUCGCCUUGUCUGAACCCUCGUUUGGUAUCGAACGGCUCGGAGAAGUCCUUCCCGAUCCUGGCGGAGCUUUUCGUGUUGCUCAACGUCAGUUUACACAGCCGUAUUAGUUUUGCGGGGAUACCAAAUUCAGACAUCGCUGCAUAAAGGCAGCUCCUUUUAGUGCUGUCGAAAGCAGCUUUGAAAUCGACGAAUAGGUGGUGAGUGUCGAUUCUCCUUUCACUGGUCUUUUCCAAGAUUUGGCGCAUGGUGAAUAUCUGGUCGGUUGUUGAUUUACCAGGUCUGAAGCCACACUGAUAAGGUCCAAUCAGUUUGUUGACGGUGGGCUUUAAUCUUUCACACAAUACGCUCGAUAGAACCUUGUACGCGAUGUUGAGGAGGCUUAUCCCACGGUAGUUGGCGCAGAUUGUGGGGUCUCCUUUUUUAUGGAUUGGGCAUACCACACUUAAAUUCCAAUCGUUGGGCAUGCUCUCAUCCGACCAUAUUUUACAAAGAAGCUGAUAUAUGCUCCUUAUCAGUUCUUCGCCGCCGUG